AUGCGCAUUUGACAUAACAACGCUGCGCGCGCUAAGAGACGAGAUUGGAUUCAGUGCUGUUCAACUGGAACUAAAAAUUCGUCUACGAAUACUACGAUACAGAGUCAAUGAGCCAAACCCACUCAUUCAGACACCGGUGUCUAGUAGCAGCGUAACAUUCCGAUACAUUCAGUUCGCUAACUGAAAAGAAAACAACGGAAAUCUCUUCAAAGGGAUCCCAUUGCGGAAUACAAAUACAAGAUUCAAAAUGUCUAGUGUUGGGUCUAGAGCAGAGUUCCCUAACAGAGUUUACACUCCCAGCCCCGAACCAUGUGACGAUCCAUUCUUUGACCACGAUACAGAGCCUUUUCGGCCGCGAAAACACUCGUCUUACGAAGAAAUGAAUGGCUUCACGAAGGAAGGGCAGCUUCACCAGUACGAAGACCCUCGCGGCCUUCUAGACCAGGUAAAGCGGUUGAAUCAGAAUCCCCCUCCGUGCGGAGAUAGCCGCGCCAGGCCGAGGAAAAAGAUGAAUGAUUUAUACGAGCGGUGUCGUGCCGACAGCGAAAUAUGCAGCAGUUCGGAGAACUCGCAUCACAAAUCGCAGCGGAGGUGUAAAGGAAUGCCUCUGUGUGUUCUCAUCGCGAUUCUAUUUGGUAUUGGUGCGCUGGCACUAUCCGUGCUUGUCUUAGCUGGCAUCCUUGUCCCUAAGGCUUGCAGUCGAUGUCUGACGGAGGAUGUUCACACAGAUGCAUCCGUCUCGGCUUCGUCCUCGACCGCUCAGUUACUGAUGAUGGUCCGAAAUCUUCAUAAUAAUGUCACCCAUUUAAGUAAAAAAUUAGAAGCGAAAGAAGCAGUAAUAAAACGUCUUCUACGGAGCGACGAUGAACAGAAUCAUCAACUCCUUAAACUUGCGCAUCCGUCUGCCGGCCAUGGUGGUGGGGAGAUUGAAAUAUUGCGAGGGCCGCAUGGAUUCAACGGGAGCCGUGGACCUCCAGGGAUACAGGGACCACAAGGGGAGCGCGGGCCUAUGGGACCAAGAGCAGCAUCAGUGAACUUCUCCUCGUGUGUGUACCGAGAGAAGUCCACCGCAUUCACACCUUCAGCAGUAUCGGGACAUGAUGUAUCCGUGAGGGAACCCAAAGGCUGGGUUGUGAUGGCUGCGGUAUGCUCUACGGAGGGUGCAGUGCAAAGCAACUUGAAACGCCUACAAGCCGCGUCUCUUGUGCAGUAUAAUUGUCAAUGCCGUGGUCGAGAUACCUCGUAUCCCUCCACGGCGAGGUGCUAUAUUCAUUACUGGCUUUGUCCGAAAUAACACUAACCGCCAAGAUUUAUAAUUAGUAUAUUAGACUAAAAUCAAACAAUAUAAUUAUAUUUGAGGGUUAAUGAGGGAUAGUUUAUUGAACUUAGUGAUAUCUAGAGGUGUAUAUGACUAUUGUUUUACCUAAUUAGGGAGAUAUAAGAAUGUACGGCGUACAAUGAGUUUCUGUGCCAAUGGUGAACCAAUGCCAAGUACUUAUGGCAGGAGCACUUCUCGGCUAUCAAUCACACUGAGACUAAUAAUUCCAUGUUUAGAUAGCACACUGCUUUCAGUGUAGACUUGUCUAUCUCGUCCUUAUGAAUAAUUCUCAAGAUCCUGCAAAAAUGGAUACGUAAAAGUAAAACUAGUCUUGGCGUAUCACGCUUCAGCGCGACCCAGAUAAGAGUGUCAGAGUUAAUUACAUAACAAAAUGAGAUUUGUUUUGAAUGUAUAGUCUGCUGAAAUCAUUUUCUGUCCAAUUUCCUGUCGAUUAUAAAGUUGGCAGUCUGGGAAGAGGUCUAAGAGUCUAAGAUCUGUCAAAAACUAGUUUCUUAUCAACCUCGGUCGCCUACUGCUUAGAAUAUUACGCAAUGAAGAAGUAUUGAUUUUAAUAAUGACCAGUCGUUCCAUAAUCAUUCAGAUGUCGUGGUUUCAUUGGGAACUCUGCGAUUUGAUCCAUAAUCCCGGUUUAAUUCCACACGCACAGUACGGGAAAAAAACUCAAGACCAUUGCCACACCUAUUAUCAGCCCGCGUCCUGUGUAUUGGAUCUCUCUCUCAGAGCCAGGGUAAAAUUAGCUUGUUUUCUCCGAAGUAUUAGAAUCACAAUGGAAACAGGAUGACCGUUGACCUGGGAUGAUCACAUGUUGACAAAGACGGAAUAGCGCUACCCAUAAGAUUUGACACCCAAGACGUCUCCAUGUUAGAAGUUAAAAGAGAC